UUCUUGUUGGAUCUCGUCUGUUCUUUUUUUUUUUUUUUUACCUCUUUUCCUUCGAAAAAGGACGAGUUUUUCGGGCGACCAAAAAUGUCGGGGGAGGCAAAGGACCCGGCGAUCAAGCUCUUCGGGAAGACGAUCUCUUUGCCCGAUGUCCCUCCUCCUGGGGAUGCGGCGGGGGCCGUCGACACUGGUCAGAUUCCGUGCGCAGAUCCUCCUCCUCCUCCUCCCUCGCCUGACGAGAAUAUAGGCGGGGGCAACAAUGAAGUAGAAGAGGAGGAGGAGGAGGAAGAAGGGGAAGGAGGAGACCGGGAUGACAAGGAAACACGGAAUGAGAAAUCAGCUAUAACCAAGCUGGAAUAUGGAGCCCAAUUCGUGAAUCUCGAGGAAGGCACAAACCAGGACACAAUAUCGGUGACAAUGACAAAUGAGAACCCUAGGACGCCAUCAGUCGACAAGGAGAGCACUACUCCAAAGACGUCGAAAUCAGAAGAGGAGCAGAGCGACACGAGCAACUCGCAAGAGAAGGUGCUCAAGAAACCCGACAAGAUACUUCCUUGCCCUCGAUGUAAUAGCAUGGACACCAAAUUCUGUUACUACAACAACUAUAACGUGAACCAGCCCCGACACUUCUGCAAGAACUGCCAGAGAUACUGGACAGCUGGUGGGACCAUGAGGAAUGUUCCCGUGGGUGCUGGUCGCCGCAAGAACAAACACUCGGCUUCUCAUUACCGUCAUCUAGCCGUUCCUGAAGCCCUGCAAAGCAUAAGGUCGGAUUUCCCUAACGGGGUCCAUCACCCACCAGUGAAACCUAAUGGCACUGUCCUCACCUUCGGAUCAGAUACACCUCUAUGUGAAUCCAUGGCUUCGGUUUUGCAUUUGGCUGAUAAGGCCAUGCAUAACUGCAGGAAAAAUGGAUUCCAUAAACCUGAAGGAGUGAUAAUUCCAACCCCUAGUGGAAGUGCGAGAAGCGGGGUUGAGAAUAUGAAUGGAUCUUCAGCCACCGCAGCGAAUUCCAACCAUGCGAAGAGUAAAAAUGGAGCCAAAGAAAUUGUGAUGCCGAAUUGUCAGGGUUUUCCUCCUCAGCUACCAUGCUUUCCGGGGGCUCCGUGGCCUUAUGCAUGGAACUCUGCUCCCUGGAGCCCACCGAUAUCCCCUGGCCCGCAGACUUUCUGUCCACCUGGUUUUGCCGUGCCGUUUUACCCAGGGCCAGCUUAUUGGAGUUGCGGUGUGCCAGGUGCUUGGAACAUUCCUUGGGUUGCCCAGCCAACUUCUCCGAACCACAGUGCCACGAGCUCCGGGCCCAAUUCUCCGACCCUGGGGAAACACUCUAGGGAUGAGAAAAUCGUGAAACCGAACGACUCCAUUGAAGAGGAGCCACAAAAGGAGGCUAAUCCUGAGAGAUCCUUGUGGAUUCCAAAGACAUUAAGGAUUGAUGAUCCAGGAGAAGCUGCAAAGAGCUCAAUAUGGGCGACGCUUGGGAUAAAAAAUGAAGCUUCUGAUUCGGCUGGCAGGGGAGUACUCUUCAAGGCCUUCCGGUCUAAGAGUGAGGAAAAGAACCAUGUGGUCGAAGCUUCUUCUGUGUUACAAGCAAAUCCAGCCGCAAUGUCUCGAUCACUCAACUUCCAAGAGAGCUCGUAAUCGGGUAAUUCGGAGGCUUGGUCAUCAACUGGCGUUGUGAGCAUCUGUUGUGCUCGAAUGGUUUGUCAAAAAACAGCUGUGAGAUCCCCAAGAUCUUAUCGAUUCACCGUCCUCAUUUCUGAGGAUCUAUGUUGAAGCCAUUCUGAGAAGGAAAAAGGAACGCGAUUCUUUCCCGUCCCUUUCUCUCUCUCUCUCGAUCUCUCGAUGUGAAAGAGACUUCUCAGCAUAAGUUCCAAACUGAUGAUCCUCCCCCCUUCUUUUGUUUAGUCGAUAGUAAAAGCGGGCGCGCCUCUUUUUUCUUUGUCAGCAUAGUGAUUUGGUGAGUUCAUGUACGUACUAGAUGUGAAAUAAUGAGAGCUAUAAAAUAAGUGAGAAUUGUAUUGUACUCAAGUUUUAUUGUAAUGUACAUCAAAGUUGUAGUCUAAA